CGCAAAACGAACAACAACACAACGACUAUCAAGAGUGCCACUGACCCACUGACGAACAACAAACAACAACAAGAGACCAUGGAUGGACAGACGACCAAGAGGGCAAAGCUGGACACCCCAGCCCUGCUUGCUAAGAAGCGCGACGGCGAGGAGCUGAACAACAGCGAGAUUGCCGCCUUCAUCAAGGGCGUCGUCAACGGGGAUGUUGGCCCGGACCAGGUUGGCGCCUUCCUCAUGGCCGUCUACGUCCGAGGCAUGUCACGCGACGAGACGGUCGCGUUGACGCGUGCGCUCAUGGCCAGCGGCGACGUCGUCAAGUGGGAGCCCGUCCUGGACGAAGUUCAACGCAAACUUGUUGUGGACAAGCACAGCACUGGCGGUGUUGGCGACAAGGUGUCGCUGCCGCUCGCCCCAGCCCUCAUUGCGUGCGGCUGCAGGGUGCCGAUGAUCUCUGGUCGCGGUCUCGGCCACACGGGCGGUACCCUGGACAAGCUCGAGGCAAUCCCGGGGUACAACACCGCCUGCCCACCCACCGAGCUCGCCAAGGUUGUUGCCGACGUCGGCGGCUGCAUUGUCGGACAGUCCAAGGACCUCGUGCCCGGUGACCGCAUCCUCUACCACACCAGGGAUGUGACGUCCACCGUGAGCAGCCUUCCCCUCAUUGUCGGCAGCAUCAUGUCGAAGAAGCUCUCAGAGAGCCCGGCCGCCCUCGUGCUCGACGUGAAGGUUGGCUCUGCUGCGUUCAUGAAGACGCUGAAGGAUGCGGAGGCGCUUGCCACGACGAUGGUUGAGGUUGGCAAGCAGCUCGGCGUCAACACCCGCGCCCUCCUCACCGAAAUGGAUUGCCCCAUCGGCCUGACGGUUGGAAACUCCCUGGAGGUCUAUGAAACUGUCAAGUGCCUCAACGGCGAGGGCCCGAAGGACCUUGACGACCUGGUGAUCCUUGAAGGCGGGCACCUCUUGCAUCAGGUCGGCCUGGCCGCCACCCCGGAGGAGGGCAUGGAGAAGAUUGCCGACUCAAUCAAGACAGGGACCGCGCGCGACGCGUUCAAGCGCAUGUGCAUCGCCCGCGGUGCCACCGAAGAAACCGUCGACAAGUUGCUCAAGGAUCCCUGGAGCGUGCUUCCCAAGGCGAAGACCAAGACUGUCAUCAAGGCCGAGGCCAAGGGUUUUGUGCAGCACAUUGAGGCCAUGCCGCUUGCCAUCGCGGCAGGAAACCUCGGCGCAGGCCGCAAGAAGCAGGACGACGUGCUUGAUUUGGGCGCUGGCAUUGAGCUGCAUGUCCAACGAGGCGAUGCUGUUGAUGUGGGCACUGUCUGGGCCACCGUCCACCACUCUGUCCCCAUCGAAGACGCCGACAUUGAGCGGAUCAAAGGCGCCCUUGUGCUGGCGGACAAGGCAGAGGCUCCAAAGACCCGCCUCGUCAAGGUCAUCCAGUAAUGCCUGCACGCACGCACACAUGCACGCUUACACACGCAUGCAUGGCGUUGGCAGGUCCUGUCUGCAUUCCUCCCGCUGCUGUUACGCACAGCAUCCGUCCUCUUCGUGUACCCUGUUGCACACAUAAGCACAAGUUCUGGCGCACACGCACAGUUUCUACCGCUGUGUGAUGUCGCCUUGCUGCUUGUGUUGUUCAUGUUGAUGAUGUGAUGUGACGUUGUUUUUGCUGCUACUGUCGUUGGUUGUGGUUUCUGCGGGUGAUGUCGUUGGAUUGGAAUGAACAAUGGCAAUCGCAGA